GAGCCGUACACACACACGCAGACACACAGACACACACGCAUCCCGCAGCGAGCGAGGAAGGAGGAAGCGAGCAGGCAAGACAGACAGAGGCAGAGUAGAGAGUGAGCAAGCCCCAAAGCAGAGCUGCGCCUCCAGGCUGCAGUUGCCCAGGGCGCAGGCAGCAUGUUUGCCCUCAGCCUUGUUGCCUGGGGAUUUUACCUUCAGCUUGUCUCCUGCUUUGCUUUCUCUCAGACUUCGUACGUUGACAAUGCCUUCUCAGUUUCCUCAGAUCUCCCUUGUUUGGAACAGAAGAAACAGCUUCACCGCAGACCAUGCUGUCUCCUCGGCCCUCCUCCACCACCCCUGUUUCCACCACCGUACUUCAGGCACAGCUGGAGCACUAAGCUGCUUACUCUGGACAUGAAGGACUUGUGCCAGGAGCUCCAGAUAACAAUGCCCGAAUUACAUUGCCCCACAGGGCCUCCAGGCCCCCAGGGCCCACAAGGAAUUCCUGGUAUAAUGGGACCAAAAGGGGAGAAAGGGGAGAUCGGCAGGCCAGGAAGAAAGGGUAGACCAGGUCCCCCGGGUGUCCCUGGGAUGCCAGGACCAGUAGGAUGGCCUGGACCUGUGGGACCAAAGGGUGAAAAGGGAGAUUUGGGUGUGAUGGGAUUGCCAGGUACAAGAGGACCAAUGGGCUCCAAGGGUUUUCCAGGAACUAGAGGAGAAAAGGGAUCCAGAGGUGACAGAGGUGACAAAGGAGUUAAAGGAGACCAGGGAGAAGUAGGCUCCCCUGGGAUGCUGGGACAGAAAGGAGAGAUGGGCCCCAAGGGACAAUCUGGAGCACCGGGACACCGAGGACCUAUAGGAAGACCUGGAAAACGAGGCAAACAAGGACAAAAGGGAGACAUUGGACCUGUGGGUAUCAUGGGCCCACCUGGAAGACCUGGUCCUUCCGGCCAGCCAGGCCCCCCUGGACCUUCAGGAUCAGGGCAAUUUGCAAUAGGACCAAAAGGGGAAAGAGGACUUCCCGGACCUCCAGGGAGAUGUCUCUGCAGAUCCCCACAGAAUGUGAACAAUCCACCAUAUGAGGAAUCUGUGUUUGGACACAGUUAUCCAAAAGUCCCUGCGAUACAUAACUCAGUCUGCAGAACUGGAUUCCAUGACAAUUCAAAAUACUUCUUGAGAGAGUUACCAAUCACCUCUUUUUCUGUACCCCAGAUUUUUGUGGUGAAUAAUCAAGAAGAAUUGGACCGGUUAAACACUGAAAAUGCGUUAGCUUUUAGAAGAGAUCAGAGAUCUUUGUACUUCAAGGAUACCUUUGGAUGGCUCCCAAUCCAGCUCAGCCCUUUCUACCCCGUGGAUUACCGCUUUGGGGAUGGCGGUACCUGUGGAGAUGGGAUCAUCCAGGAUGGGGAAGAGUGUGACGAUGGCAAUGCGGUUGUGACAGAUGACUGCAUAAGAUGCCGCCGUGCUUACUGUGGAGAUGGCUACAGACAUGAGGGGGUUGAAGACUGCGAUGGGAAGGAUUUUGGAUAUUUGACAUGUAAAACAUAUCUCCCUGGGUCUUACGGAAAACUGCGAUGCACUUCUUACUGCUACAUCGACUCCACACAGUGCCGAUACUUCACAUGAGGGGAGCAGAGGUGGGCAGCACCCCACAUGUCACGGGGUGCUAGGUGCUACACUAUCAUCUAUCCAGGAAGGACUGGAACAAGGAGAAAAGACAAAGAAGAAGAAGAAAAAAACCCACCUCUGUGUGAAAACAAACAGAUGUCAUGCUGCUGAUGGCCAUUUUGAGAUGUUUGUCUUUUUUUUUUUUUCUUUUCUUUUCUUUUUUUUUAAGUGGAAUUGGGAAAAAAUAGGACCACUGCAUCCUGUCUUAAUAGCAAAAUGUCAGUGUUUGCCAGUAAGACUUUUGAGUGGCUGUGUGUGGGAACUUGCUCUAUCACAAAUGCUACUGGAAACUGAAUGUCACUAACCAGGAAUAUCAUGUAACAAGACAACAUUACCUCGACUUAGCACUGUUCAGCCUAAGUUCUUCAGGGUUUUUGUUUUUCAACCUUCUCAGCAUAAACACAAAGUGUAUCUUGGACAUGGUGUUUAUAGAGACUUUCUCUUUUAUUACAAUGUGAACUUCCUAAGUGUUGUAUCCACGUGAGUGAUGAUGACUUCAGCAGUAUUAAGGUUAGCUGCACGCCUUUGUGGAUUGAACAAGCAGGGGUCUUUCAGUAAGUGCUUUAAAGAUCAGCAGAUGGGACAAAAAGCCUCCAGUCAAAGAAAUUGGGCUGCAUCUGUCUGCAUACAUCCACAGAAAUGCAAGCUGUCUUACCAGGUCUGAACCUGCAGACCACAAAGGCCGGAGUGGCCAAACAGUGUGACACAGGAUGAGCCUAUUUCCUUUUUACACCUUUGCCAAGCCGGCUGUGUUCUGCGUGAGCCCAAAAGGACUGGGGCAGUGCUGGUUGCCCUCCUGAAAGCUCAACAGAACCAUGUACGCGUGGUCUUCACUCCAGUUUCUGUGCUGCAAGGUCUUGUCGUUCUCCUCCCCUUGUCCAGCCGACCUUCAUCCUCUGCCAGCUGCGCCCCAUCCUCUCUCCCUGUGUGCCGACCCCUCUCGGUUCCCACCAUCGUGUCUGGAGUACCCCAGUGUGCCUCCUCACUUUUGUAUCUCCGUGAAACAAAUCCUGGCCUAGAGUGUUUGUGGGUGCUCAUUUGUGCUGUAUAAUGUACAAACAUAUUUGUUUUUCACAGGUUUGGUCAACUCUGUUAGCUCUGAUGGGAGUCAGGGUAAUUAUAUACUUAUUUAUUAGCAAGCAUUAAAGAGCAAAUUUUACAUAUUAAAUACGUUAUGUGCAAAAGAGUUCAUAACAGAAGAAAAUGGUGCAGAGAUACGUGGAAUUCAGGACUAAGAGCCUCAAAUCAAAGUGUUAUUUUCAUACAGGCCACUCUUUUCUGCUUCGCCUUAAAUGCUGCACUUGAACGCUUGAAAUGCGUGAGUUGUUUGUAACAAUGCCAGCUGCACUUACACAGUUACUUCUGUAAAGGUUAAAUAAAGGUGGAUGUUACUUUGUGAUGAUAACGCAUUAAAGCAACUGAGAAAUAUGUACAACUUUUACCACCUGUAUAGGAGAUUUUAACUCUGCAUGUCCAACGCGAUACUGGAAAUCAUCAAUUAAAUGAAAAAUAAACAAAACAAGUGUACUCUGUGGCUAUUGCUUACCUGGGCUGCUUGUGCUGCUGUGAAGCUGAGCCACCAACAUUUGUAGCCCAGUUCACUAGUUCACAACACUUCUUGUGGCUUUUUAAAAUUUAAUCAGAGGUCUUAAUAAAAGGCCAAGAAACCAAUGGGGCAAGGAACGUGCCAUAAGCUCUGGAAGUCUGUGCACUGGAAGAGCUGCCUUUGAGUCUCCUGCCCUGGUGCAAGCCGUGGAUUUCAGCAGCACCACAACAUCCUGGUGGGAUCCGGUGCCUCCUCCAAGGAGUUCAACUCCACUUCCAGCCCCCCAAAAGGCUGGAGUCCUGGAGAAAUUUGGUAGUCCCAGUGGUCAAAGCUGAAGGUGAAAAAGUCCUGUUGUUUUUAAAAGCUCCUACCUCCAAAAGAGGUUGUAAAGCUGAGCGCACCAAAGGCAGGAAACAUAAAAAAGAAUUGUGAUUUAUGUAGAAUUGUCAUGUGCUGCACAUGUCCAGAAAGGUGUGCAUCAGUCUGGUCAGAAAACAUUCACAAAGUAUGGAUUUUAAACGGACUUUAUGAAUACAGCACAAACAAUUCAGCAUCUUAACAAACAGAAAGAAGAUAUUAGGAAAAAAAUAAAAGGACAUGGAACAAGAUUCUUACUACAAAUAAUGCCUUGUUCCCCUCAGAUGAUAAAGCAUUAAAAAAACAUAUCUGGGAAGGUGUUAAGUAUCUGUGACAUAAAAGACUGUAAAAAAAAACCCUUCCUCAUUUUUCAGAUGUAACUGCUUUAUUGCUACCUGGGAUUCUUCAGCUGGACGGUGCCUAGUCUGCUCUGAGUGAUCUUCCCUCCUUGUCUGAGUUUCUUAAUGCAUUACACCAAAGUCAAAAGUUGAUUGAGGUAUUUCAGUUCCUUGGCCUUUUGUAGCAGCGAAUGCCUGUGGGAAGGUUUUCUAAUCAUUAGUAUGGAGCUGUAGGCGAAUACAGAAACAGUACGAGCUUGCAUUGUGCGCUGUAUUAAAUGUAUACUAAAAAGCCAGCUUGCAUUUAGUAUGUGAUUAAAUAUAUGUAGUUACCUACUGCAUGUAUUAAUGGCUCAUGUCAAUAAAUCAUGCCACCUUAAUUCUGGCAUUUCCUUACUUUCA